UAUGCUAGCUAAUGAGUGAAUUUGUCAAUUUGAAACUGGGCGCGGGAUGAUUAUGGAUUUAGAAGUGAUGAAAAUGUUCCGAUAGAGUGGAAAUUUGUUGUCUUUACCCUUAUUUGUACAUCAAAGUUUGCAUCUAAGUGAGAGCAACAGCACUUUCUUUCAUCCAUGUAAAUGAAAAUGAGUCAUUUCAAGAAGAAUGGUAUAAUGUCAUUCAAGACAUAUGGAAAGCAAAAGCAAAAAUCAGAAAAAUGGAUUUUGCCAGAUAGAAAAGCCAUUUUUUCUUCCUCCUCUUCAGAUAUGUCAUAUAGUUUUGAAGAAAAGUAUCCUACCCGUGUAAAAAGGAGGAAAAAGGCAAGUACUGUCAAAUUCAUAAAGCCUAAAGAUAACGGCAAGUUACAAGCAGGAGGAAUUCUGAGAGUGAAAAACAGGGAAAAAGAUUUGGCUAAGGAGGUAAUCCUGCUCUCCAGUUCUGGUAAAGAGAACCAAACAUAUUCUUCAGGUUUGACCGUUAUUGACAAAAGUGUUGGCAAGAAUGACAACAGUCCAUCAAAACAAGAUUUUCCAGUUGGAGUGGCACAAAAAAUUGUAAACUUUUCUAAAAGGCGUUUGAGGUCUUGCAGGGUUAAAGAUGCAAGACUACCAAGGAGUGCAAAGCAAAAAGCAUUAGAUCAGAUUAAAAUGUCAUCUGGAUUUGAUGACAUGAAAACUGAUGUAGAAGAAACAUUUCCUAGAAGCAAAGAAAUCAAAGAUGUGGAAAAGGUUAUCCAGUCUGAUUCUUCUGUGUUUGUUCCUCCUACACCAUUGCAAAGGUUUGUCACCAGACGCAGGAAAAUAGUAAAACACAAUAAAACUGCUGCAAAUAAAUGCCCACAGGACUCAAAAUUCAAAACGAGCAUAUCACAUUUCCAGAGAUCCAGUAUGAAAGGAUCUAUACCAACUUACAUUCAAAAGAAUACAUCUAAUUUUCCUCUCAACCUAAGUUCAGAAAAUUCAGGAGAAGUGUGUAGUUUCCAAAGGGAAGAAAACAAAGAUAUACUUGAUCUAAACAAGACUAGGUUUAAAAGUCCCAUUGACAGACCAUUAACAAAAAGAGCUUUCAAGCGACCAGUGGUGUGUAGUACUCCAUCUGUUGUAUUAAAAUCUGGUCAACAACUCUACGAGCCCUCCCUAAGUGACAUUUCAUUUGGCAAUGAUGAGAAUGAAUCUAUGAAAUCUAAUGGAAAUAUGAAUCAUAGACAAAGAAAUAAUUUGAAAAACACUGGGCAUAUUAUAUAUCCUGAAGAGCAAAGCCCAGCUUCUCUUUUAAGAAGUACAAAAUCUGUUUUGGAAAUAAUUUCACAAAAUGGACAUUGUGGAUUUUCUAACAUAAGUCAAAUUUCCAAAGAAUUGUUUUCAGAUAUUUCUAGUAGUUUUAUAGAGUCCCAAUCUGAAAGAGUACAAUUAGAAGAGAAAACUGAUAGAUGUGAUAACCACGGACCUUUGGGUUGUGAGAAAUAUCUGGAAAGCCACUUGGACUUGGCUUCUAAUUUCAAAAGUAGACUUUCUGCAUCAGAACCUGUUGUAUGUUUUGAAAGAGGUGAUAAAUGUACUUUAAUUGAGAAAAAUGCAUUGCAACCUGUCAUCAUGUUGGAAAAACUUGAUAAAUCCCAGCUUACGAUAAACCAAAAAGAAAUGUCCAGCAAGUCACUGAAAACACAACAUGAAUUCCGUUCAAGAAGCAGUACUGAACAUUUGUAUUCUGUCAUCGAAGAUUCUGUUGAUGAUCUGCUAUUAUCAAAUGAAAAAUCAAAUGUACAUUUGCCAUUGCCUGCUUCAACAAGUGCACAGGAAUUAAAAGCACAAUCCACCAUUACUGUUUCUUCACAGGUGGUUAAAUCUAAUGAGAAAUUAAGGCUUGAAAUGGAUCAUUUACCAAUAUCACUUCAGCACAAUCCUGACACAAGUGAUUUUGUAAAUUCUGGCAAUUAUAUGCAGGAUGUUAAUAUGAUCAAAAAGCGUUGCCUUUCUUUGCAGCCUGUGGUUUUGCUGGAAUAUGCGAGUAUACCACCAUAUCUCAUCAAGCAAAAUGUAGGCUGUGAACAGGAGCUGCAAUCUAGGCAAUACAGAAUUUCUGGUUAUAUUGAAAAGCAACAAGAUGUUUCUAAAAUGGAUCAGAUGGCAUUAACAAAUAGCAGCAUCAUGAACAAUCUCUCUGGAUUUAAUUCCUUAAUUUCUGAAGAACCGUUUAUAGAUUAUACAGGUGACCCUGUAAACAGUGAAUCCCUGGAGAGAAAUCUAGCAACCAAAUUUAUCAAGAGCUCUAGCAGAAAAUCUGGCUGCAUGUAAACGUCUAACAGCACAGCACCCUAUC